ACACUGCACGCGUUGACCUAAAAUCAUGGAACGAACUUUGACGAAGAAGGAUCAGAAACAACUGAAGAGAUGGUUAAACGCAAGGAAGGACUUUGAACUGCUGUACAAGGCCUCCCGUGAUGGUUGUUCCAACACCGCCUUCCACCAGAAGUGUAACAACAAGGGGCCUACAGUCACAGUCUUCUAUAACACGUCGGACUGCGUGUUUGGUGGCUACACCUCGGUCAGCUGGGACUCUGCUAAUGUCUACAGGGUCGACCCGACAGCAUUCCUGUUCCGUUUGUACUUCAAAGGUUCCAGCAGCCCUAAAAAAUACCCAGCAACAAACGGCACCAAUGCAAUUUACGGACAUGCUAACUAUGGCCCUACUUUUGGGAGUGGUCAUGACAUUUACAGUUUCAAUGCGACUGUGGCCUUGAGCGGUGCAUCCUUCCCACUCAAUGGUUCUUUGGCUCCUGGGAAAAGCUACGUCAUGGCGGGAGACAAUGCCGCAUCACUGGCCUGUUCCAGUCUCAACUGCUACGAUGUGGAAGUCUACAGUGUUAAAGAUGGAAGCAUUAUCAACGACGAUCCAUGGAGACAACUCACAGAAUGUAAAUCAAAGGUUCUGAAAUCCGAGAUCGAAACAUAUUCCCCCAUCGAUGGGGUGAAGGUGGGACGAGUCAAUAUUCUACUGGUGGGGGCGGUAGGAGCCGGUAAGUCCAGCUACUUCAACACCAUGAACUCAAUCUUCAGAGGUCACGUGACUAGUCAAGCCUGCAGCGGAAGUGCCGAACACAGUCUUACGACGCAUUAUCGGAAGUAUAAAGUGAGAUCCCCUGAGGGUAAACCACUCAAGUUCCGACUGUGUGACACGAGGGGCCUAGAGGAAGCCCAAGGAAUGGACGCGGCUGAUGUGGUAGCCAUAUUGGAUGGACACCUUCCUGACAAAUAUAUGUUUAACCCAGCUCUAUCUAUUUCGCCUGACACCCCUGGAUACAAGAAGACCCCCAAAACACAAGACACGAUACACUGUGUGGCAUUUGUCAUUGAUGGCUGUUCCGUAGACGUGUUCCCGGACAAAAUUCUGCAGAAUAUGAAAGCUAUACAACAGAAAGCCAACCAGAGAGGUAUACCACAAGUGGUCAUCUUGACCAAGGUGGAUAAGGCCUGUCCACAUGUUGAAGAGGAUCCGGGGACCCUGUUCUACAGCCCUGCAGUCAGCGAACUGGUGGAACAAGUGUCCCAACUCAUUGGUCUGCCCCGUGCCCACGUUCUGCCCGUGAAGAACUACGAGAAGGAAAUGGAGUUGGUGGAUGACGUGGAUGUUCCUGCUCUGAUCAGCCUCCGUCAGAUGCUAAGAUUCGCUGAUGACUAUCUCUACAACUUCCUGGAUGAGGAUGAUAAAGAUGAAUAAAUAUAUGUUAUUCAUUACUCCAUUUGGUCAUAAACAACCAGACCAAUGUACCGUUUUUCUAAUCGCAAAAAUGAAAUAUACGUUGUCCUUUUCACCCCUGGCUUAUCUCAAUGAAGUAGCACCGUUUUGGGAACACAGCUAGUACAUGAGAUUUAUGGUUGAUCAUGAUGAGAACACAUUCGAUGUAACCUACAAAAUCAAAACUUGCCUCACCUUUCUUGAAUCCAGCAAUAUAAAGUGCUACUGCUUUAAGUAUUCGGUUCAAUAUAUUUGUAUAUCUAUCGGAUAUAGAUAUGACUUUAUUUAAUCUACAAGAAGUCACGCUAUGUCUUCCCACUUUUGAUUAAAUGGACAGCUGGGUAACAGAUCGCAUCUGAGAUUCAGAGAAACGAAACUUGGAACAGUGUCAAUGUUUUUCCGGGAAACAUUCGGUUCCGGUCAGUUAUGGUGACAAAGACCCAUAAACGUGACAUGCCUUUUCUGUACUGAGGAAAUGAGACAACUUGUGUAUGUGAAAAUUCCUUUCAUUUGGAUGUGAUAGAUGUGUGGUUUGUUAUCGCUUAGAUGUCGAUUGACUAUGACGAUGGUGCUGAGAUCACAACUGACGAUUCUGUUGACAUGGCCUCAAUUUUAUAUCAUCAAAGGAGCUUACUAUCUGAAAAUAAACAGAAUCAUAUGAAAUUACGUAAAGCCUUUUGGUUUUAAAGUUUGUAAUUAUUGUUUUUUCUUGCAUGACUAUUCAAGUCAAAUGUAUGGAAACUGCCAGUAGGUUUCGGAUUCCUUUGUUAUUGAAAAGAGCUCGAUCAUAUUGGUUUGAAAAAUAAAGGUUUCAGAGCUUGUAA